AUGGAUGGGAAAACACCUCCAGCCUUCCAGCACAAGGAACGCAUUCCGCUGCUGUGCCCCAGCAAGCGACCAGAGAUCCCGGGAAUGACGGGGAAGCCCCCUCCGCGUCAAGUUUCCGCCCGUUUACCGGGUCGUGUGCCCGCGGGGCGAUGCCGCUGGUGGUUGCUGUGCGGGCCGGUCCCGCAGCGGCAAGCAAGCCGGCGGGCGGCCAGGAGCCUUGCGGCGGCGCUGGGCGGCCUCCGAGCGGGCCGCGCAAACGUCGUGGUCCGAGCGGAGGGCGGGCGGGGCGGGGCGCUGCGGGCCGAGGUGGAGCGGCCGGCCGAGCCCCGGCGGGACUGGGUGAUCGUGGACGCGGCGCAACGAGCUGCGCGAGCAUCCCGCUUACGAGCUGUUAACUGCGCGGCGCGGACAAGGCGGGCAACGGCGCGCUGCCAUCACUGACCUGCGCCGGCGGCGCGGGGCGGCCCCGACGAGCCGCCCUUUCGAGGAGCCCGACACGGGCCUGCCGCUUGGGACCGGCCGGCCCUGUUCAACAGGUGGAGCGGGAGGAGCGCGCCGCUGGGCGACAUCCGCGCCGCGCUGUUCGAGAGCGCCCCGCCGGCCCCGCACCGCUCCACCCGCGCCCAGCCCCUGCAGUCCGGGGAGUUCCUGCACCGCCUGGACCGCGUCACCCAGGACGUGCUGGCCGCAGUGAUGGCCGCGCAGAGCGGCGGGGCGCUGCCCGGGGACACGGUCCGCGUCCCCGGCCUGGCCCGAGGGGCUGGUGCUAGCCGGCCCGUGAGCCUGGCCGAGCUGAGCCGGCUGCGCAGGCAGUUCAUCACCUACACCAAGAUGCAGCCCAGCGAUGAGAACAUGCCCCAGCUGGCCAGCAUGUUCCUGCAGUACCUGAGCCGCAGCAUCCAGUGAACCAGUGGCAGUGGCCGUGGUUGUAGAAGUACUUGUGACAGUAGGAACACGCCUUCUAGACGCAGACCCCGCAGAGCCUGGAUCCCACCUGUCGUGUAUCGGAUAUUUGGCAGCAGCAGCUCUGGGUGCCGUGUUCCCGCAGCAGCCAAGCAGACAAUUUCUGAGAGAAUCUGUAGGGAUACAGUUCCCCACACCCCUGAAUUCUCCCCAUCAAAAAGGAGAGCAGCUGUUGCAUCCCCAAGCAAGUGAAGUCUCCUGUGGAGACAUAAACCCCAGUAAUAUAGUAGUGUCUGAGCGUGAAAGCGCAAAAGGUGAUGACUGUAUGUCUUGAAUAAGAAGAUUGUUUUUCCAGGGCUGCCUCCAGAUAAUGUCAAACUGCAGAAGAGACUUCAGGUCCAGAACUAGAACAGGAUGUGACUGUUUCAAGAAGUCUGACUGAACCCAAGAGAGAUUUGCAGCUCUAUACUGCAAAAGGGUGCUGGCUUAGCAAACUCAAAAGAGGUUUAACAAUAAAAUGUGUGCCUUAAAUGGACUAAACUCUUAA